AAGCGGUUGUCAUUCGAUAAACUUUUGAGCUGAGAGAGUAUUCAUUCUCCACGUCGUUCUCCAUUUUGUAAAAACUGCAACAUGACAGCUGCUCCAGCAAGCGAGAGAGUAAAAUCUUAUUGCGCCACUUAACCUCUUAAAAUGUUUUUUUAAAUCCAAUUUUAUUCUUUUAAAUUUUGUGUUGCAAAAUUUUGUUACAUUCCAAAUAUCUACACUGUACCAGGGCUCAAAUUUAACCACGGCAACCGCCUCGAGUGCAGCGACUGCCCAGCAUCAACGAUGCCUGGCUCCUCAGCUCAGAGUAUGAAGAAGACCAUUGGACACCGGGGAGUUGAGACCACCACCGGAGAGACCACCUACAAAAAGACAACAUCCUCUGCUCUAAAAGGUGCCAUUCAGUUGGGCAUCACUCACACGGUCGGCAGUUUGAGCCAAAAGGCAGAGAGAGAUGUGCUCAUGCAGGAUUUUGUGGUUGUUGAAAGUAUCUUCUUCCCCAGUGAAGGCAGCAACCUGACUCCAGCUCAUCACUACAGCGACUUUCGUUUUAAGACCUACGCUCCCAUCGCCUUUCGUUACUUCAGAGAGCUGUUUGGAAUUCGGCCAGAUGACUACCUGUAUUCGCUGUGUAACGAGCCACUGAUCGAGCUCUCCAACCCUGGAGCCAGUGGAUCGCUCUUCUAUGUCUCCAGUGACGACGAGUUUAUUAUCAAAACGGUUCAGCACAAAGAGGCAGAGUUUCUCCAGAAACUGCUUCCUGGAUACUUUUUGAACAUAAACCAAAACAAGCGGACACUCCUGCCCAAGUUCUACGGACUCUACUGCGUUCAGGCGGGGGGCAAGAAUAUUCGUAUCUGUGUGAUGAACAAUCUGUUGCCCCGGAUAAUCCCCAUGCACCUCAAAUAUGACAUGAAAGGCUCCACCUAUAAGAGACGAGCGUCGCCUAAGGAGAGGGAAAAGGCUGUUCCCACAUACAAAGAUCUAGAUUUUAUCCAGGAUAUGCCUGAUGGCCUGCAGCUGGAAUCAGACAACUACAACGCCCUGAGCAAGACUAUACAGAGGGACUGCCUGCUAUUGCAGAGUUUCAAAAUCAUGGAUUACAGUCUGCUGAUGGGUAUUCACAACAUGGACCAGGCCAGCCGGGAACGAGAACGGGCUGGGGGCUAUCCGGUAGACAGCGGGGUGUCGGAGGGAGCAGUGACCCCAGAUCAGCGCAGGCCGCAAGCCCAGAAGAGUCUUUACUGUACGGCCAUGGAGUCCAUCCAGGGGGAGGCUCGGGGAAAGGGAGCUUUGGAUUCAGAAGACCACAUGGGAGGCAUUCCAGCUCGUAACCCAAAAGGAGAGAGGUUACUCAUCUACAUUGGCAUCAUUGACAUCCUCCAGUCAUACAGAUUUGCUAAGCGAUUGGAGCACUCCUGGAAGGCCCUGGUGCAUGAUGGGGAUACGGUUUCGGUUCACAGACCUGGUUUUUACGCAGAGCGCUUCCAGCAUUUCAUGUGCAACACAGUGUUUAGGAAAAUCCCAUUAAAGCUUUCCCCAUCUAAGAAGAGCCGUAGUGGAGGUCAAGGGGGGCUUAGGAGGGUCCCCACUCUGGGAGCUCCCACUGCGCUCUCUCACGCAAUGGGGCAGUUGGCUAUGGACCCCAGACUUGUUUACCACCCCCAUUUUAAAAGCACAGAGUCAGAGACUGACACUGUCUUGCCAGGCAGACCAGAUCUGGUUCCCAACACACAGCCGCUGCAAGACAACGCAACUGAAUGUGAGGCCAACCUGUCCACCUCAUCAGUAGGCAGUCUGGAAUUUGCUUCUUCUCCUCCCCUAAGGUCUGUGGGGGUGGAGGUGCACAAAUCUGCAAACACAGACUACGACCAGGGUGCUUUUCACAGUUUCGAGGUUGAAGGCAGUGCAGACAAUUCAGCCAAUCUGUCUGGAAGUGAAGAUAUAGUUUCGCUAUCUGACAUCAUCCCUGAGACGACCAUCAAUUUUUAAAAAAUAAAGUGCUGUGUGAAGAGGACAUGUGCCUAGAAGAGAUGAGGCAGGCAGACGUAAGGAUAAGGAGAGCGAAAGCCUUCCCGUCCACCUGGGACCCCCUGCACUACCAUUUAAACUCACAGUGGACGCCUGAGGAGGCAGCGACGGUUGAGACGAAGACGUGCAAUGAUGGGCCACAACACGUCCGUGUUUGCGUGUAUGUAGUCUUUCCCAGCCGUCAACACUGUCACUGUGUGCGUGCACACAGAUCCAUGUCCCAAAGGUAAUUUUCCCCCCAGAACUAUAUGAAUUUGAGUUAGAACCACAAUUUCUUUAUUAUUUUAUUGAUAGUUUUUUUUUCUACCCAUAGUCUGCUAAAAGCAGCAGUGUAUCAGGAGAGUAGUCAAAUGAGGACAUCUUGUUGUACUAUGAAGAUGAGUCACUAUUUUUUGUGUGGGUACAGAACAGUACGUCUGAGAGGGAUCAUAGUUGUUUAUUUUUUCCUCCUGUUGCAGCACAUCAACUCACCCUUGGUACUCACCCCACUCUGUGGUUAGUGGAGGUUUUCAUAUCAAUAACUGUCAGUGCAAUCACGUUUUAGCUCUCAAGUUGUGGAUUUUUUUUAAUUUUUAUCAGAUGAGGUAACCGUAGAGGGAUGGCCCUAACCUGAGCAAAGCAGUCAGGUUUUACGCCACCGUGGUGCUGCAGACUGUGUGGCUACUCGUCGCCACUGCUGAAUGUACACGUUUCCACAUAGAAUGUGUCUUAUUAACCCAGAAGAAAGCGAUGAAAGUCUCCGCCUCUCAUGAUGUUGACCAUAUGUGCUAAAGGUUUGAUGUGAAUGGCAAGAAGAGCUGUUGGCAGUUUUCCUCUCUGAUGAAGUACUAAGCCAAACAUUUCCAGCUGCGACCGUUUUUGUAUUGUCGUGUCUGUUCCUAUUUAUGCGUUACCGUCCCCUCAACUGACGUUUUCUUUUACACACGCAUGCCUUAUCACUACAGACUAUCUGCAUGUCGUCGUCGGCGAAUCAUUAUCCUAGGUUUGAAAUACAUUUUAAUGCAGACUGUACAACUCCUUAAACUGUUAAAACCACACUGAAAAUAAUCAAGUCAAAAUGGUAUGAGAAUAAAGUGUGAAUAUUACGAGAAAAAAAUGUCUCAAAAUACAUAAGUGAAUGUAAAAUUUCCUACGCACAGACAAACAGUGGAGGCUAGCACCCACUUUCUUUAGUGAGAGGUAAUUUAUUUAUCAGGUGUUGAUACUUUAUUAAGUAUGUGUACAGUAGUUGGGAAUUAAAUAAAGUCAACACAAGUAAGUAGGCCUACUGCUUCUCUCAGGAACACACAAUGUCGUUAAAACAGCAGGGGAGAAAGGACAAGUCGUCACCAGCGGCAUAUGUACAGAAAUAUCUAGUUGUCAAUAGCAAUUCAAUUCAGGAGAUUUGUGUAAACAUUUAUGUCCUCCAGGGUAGUCCUGACAAAACAUAAUUGAGAAACACUGCAUUAGUGUUCAUACUGAUCAAUGCAACAGCACCACAACCCUCCAAAAAGAUCAAUAUAAUUGUGUUUUGUAUUCUAUAUGGGGCCAGAUCACAACAGAAGUUAUUUAAAGUUAAAGUUAAAGUACCAAUGAUUGUCACACACACACUAGGUGUGGCGAAAUUAUUCUCUGCAUUUGACCCAUCACCCUUGAUCACCCCCUGGGAGGUGAGGGGAGCAGUGAGCAGCAGCGCUGGUCGCGCCCGGGAAUCAUUUUUGGUGAUUUAACCCCCAAUUCCAACCCUCUACAUUCCGUAUAAAACAAGCCUAUUCCAUUUUAUUUUAUGUACUCCACUAACUGACAUGCAGGGGUUCUUAACCUUUUUGAUCUCGGGACCCAACUUUUCAACUACAGAGGGAUCCGGGCUAGGGGUGUGGGAAAAAAUCGAUUCCAAUUCGAAUCGCGAUUCUCACGUUGUGCGAUUCAGAAUCGAUUCUAAUUUUUUUUUAAAUCGAUUUUUUAUUUUUAUUUUUUUUCAUUAAUCAAUCCAACAAAACAAUACACAGCAAUACCAUAACAAUGCAAUCCAAUUCCAAAACCAAACCCGACCCAGCAACACUCAGAACUGCAAUAAACAGAGCAAUGAGAGGAGACACAAACACGACACAGAACAAACCAAAAGUAGUGAAACAAAAAUGAAUAUUAUCAACAACAGUAUCAAUAUUAGUUACAAUUUCAACAUAGCAGUGAUUAAAAAUCCCUCAUUGACAUUAUCAUUAGACAUUUAUAAAAAUAAAAAAAAAGAACAAUAGUGUCACAGAGGCUUACACUUGCAUCGCAUCUCACAAGCUUGACAACACACUGUGUCCAAUAUUUUCACAAAGAUAAAAUAAGUCAUAUUUUUGGUUCAUUUAAUAGUUAAAACAAAUUUACAUUAUUGCAAUCAGUUGAUAAAACAUUGUCUUUACAAUUAUAAAAGCUUUUUACAAAAAUCUACUACUCUGCUUGCAUGUCAGCAGACUGGGGUAGAUCCUGCUGAAAUCCUAUGUAUUGAAUGAAUAGAGAGUCGUUUUGAAUCGGGAAAAUAUCGUUUUUGAAUCGAGAAUCGAAAAAAAUCGAUUUUGAAUCGAAUCGUGACCCCAAGAAUCGAUAUUGAAUCGAAUCGUGGGACACCCAAAGAUUCGCAGCCCUAGUCCGGGCCCCACCCAAAUAUUAACACUGAAUUAGUAAUCUGUCUUGAUUUUUAUCAUAUUCAAUCUUUAUAGCUAACCUACUUACAGUUUACAACCUUAUCAAGUGAUAUGAAACCAUGUGUUAAUCAACAGGAUUAUUAUUCAUUAACACAUAAACCUUAGGCUUAAGUCAGUUAUAAAAAUAAGUACUAAACAAAUAUACUGCGUAAGAAGGGACUCACAAAUAAACUUACGUACAAUUAUGUUGUGCUAUAAUACACUUAUUUAAUAGAUAGGUUUCUUAAUAAACUCAAUAAAAUGAAAAUGAAAAUACAGCUUCACCACUUCAGUCAUCAUUUUUGCGCUUAAGAAACUUCUGUGAAUUUAGCUCGCCACUUCUGUUUUUUUUUUAUUGUCAUUACUGCCACAAGUGGUGGAAAAGUGUUACACCUGAGUACCGCUGCUGCCAAUAUGGACCAAAGCUGAGAAAUACAUAUUUUUUGGCGGUCCUCUUGGGGGCGCUAGUGACCCAACUAUAGGCCCUUGCCCUAUGUUUGAGACCCACUGAUAUCAUUUACUGUCAUAUUACAUUAGAUCUUAAAAUGCCCUUAAAAAUGAAUGUGCAAAAUUAGAAUUGAUUCAAUCCUAAAAUCACAACUUUUUACUAUUACAGAUUUUGUGUAAAAUUGAAACUUUUUCCAUUAUUACGAUUUUAUUCUUGUCAAAACUGCUACCAUACCAUACAUUGUAAAAUCAUUCAUAUUUUUCCUCGUUAAAUAACUUAAUUCUAAUAUUACGUUACAAGCUUAAAAUCACUAAUUGAAAUGUUAAUGCGUGAAAUUACGACUUUGUCUUAACAUCACAACUUUUAUUUGGAUUAUAGCUUUGUGUACAAUGUUUACUUUUUUUGUAAAAUUCUGAUUAAUGGUCAUUUAAGACUUUACUCACGUAAAAUGAUGGCGUUUCCCUCAAGCACUCUAAAUAUAAUUGUUGCAAAGUUACUUUUUGCACACCAUAUCGUUUCUUAAUCUUUAUUUUUUUUUCCAUUUUUAUAAACUUUUCAAAAAUGGCUAUUCUUGAGAAUUAUUCUCAUAAUAUUCUGACUUUAUUCUCAUAUAAGCAUUGUCCCCCUCAUUUUCAGUGUGGCUUAAGCUCCUUUGUACUUUGGGUAAAUUAAGUUUUUUAAAGAUCAGAAUGUCAUGAUGUAGGAGGGCAAUUUGGAAUAUUCACAAAUGCAGUUUUAAUUUGGAAAUCCUUUGUAAGGAGUUCUGUGUGAUGAUUACCGGGUAGUCUGCUCACUCUGUUGAUUGCAACAUGGCAUUCAAAUCCUCCACACUGGUCUUUCAAUGCCGUGUUUCCCAACCCUUAUUAUGCUAUGGCACAUAUAUUUUUUCAGUUAAAAAAAAUGUCACAGUAAACCACUAAAAAAAGUAUCAGACAUGAUUAUUCUGCUAAUUAUGUAACUUCUGCCAUCUAGUGGAAGAGCAUUGAAUUGUUCAGCCUGUCACUAUACAUAACUGUCAUUGACCAUGAUACACUAUUUGUAGUAAGUAACAAUUUUCAGACCAAUUAAGUGAAAUUGGAUCAUUUAUUGUGGCACAAUACACUUAACGUGGUUGGGAAUCACCGCUAUAAGGCAACAGAUGACUGAUGGACUCAAUCUAAUGUUGCUCAUUUCUGCUGGUUACAGAAAUGAUGGCGCCUGCGUCCACUCCUGGACCAACUACUUAAAAUUAUGUGUAAAAGUAGUUUUGGUUCUCAUUUAUUGUAUGUAGUCUUCUUUAUAUGCUUUUGCAUUCAUGCUGUUGCUGUUUCAGAGCACUAAAUAACACUUGGAGCUGGCCUUUUUAUUUUUAUUUUUAAAUUUACAGAAGUGAGAGAUUUCACAUACGCUCACUGUACAAUACGUGACUUCAUCUCGUCUGCUGUAAUUUGAACUACAUGUGGUCUUUGCAGCAGAGAACUUUAUGGACUGAAUCUAAACAAAAAAAAUAUCAUGUUCAAUGCACAUUUUGUUUUUCAAGUCAGUCACUGCACCAAAGAGACGAAGAGUUUUGCAAAAGGCUCACAGUAGUUCAGGAUAUAUUUAACAUUGGCUUUGGUCUGUGCUUUAAGGGGCCCUAUUCUACAUUUGCAACUUUUCAGACGUGUGUACACUAUCUGUUUAAACAUGAUGUGAAAAUAUAGUAUCAUGAGGUUGCUGUGUUUUAGAAGGGAACUGCACUUUUUUGGAAUGAUGCCUAUAAUUGACAAUCCUUAUGUAAGAAAAGAACGCAUGUUUUUCUUUUUUUUUAAUGCAUUCUAACUUGUAAAUAAACACUAGCAAAAGUGAGCUAGCAAUGGAGGUAAUGGGAUUUGCUCUAUUGUGCCUAUAAAGCACUCUAAAAACAUCCCCAAAUUGAUAUAAAACUGAUUAAAUAAUGUAGUAACAGGUACAUCUAUAAUAACAUGUAAUAUUUACAUAUUUUGGUCAUUUUAAACAUACGGCAGCAUAUUAUUUCACAGACGCAUCACAAAGUUCACUAUUUCCUUUAACAACAACUACUACUGAUUACGGCACACUUCAUGAGUGCCCAGAUCAGCUACUUUGGGACAAAUGAUGAUCCAGAACCUUAUAUAUUUUUCAGCCCAAGUAUACAGAGGAUGAGCAAGAGGUCUUAUAAGCUGAGUGAUAAUCAGAUCCAGGAAGUAGCACAAUUGCUAAACAAGAAAUACAAACUACGGACAUAAAACAAGCACUUACUGUACAAUGUCUGCUCUGUUUGAUGCUGAUUGAUGGGAUGUUUAUAUAUAUUUCGUCUAGAUGAAGAAUGAAUCAUAAUCCCCAUGUCGGUAAAAGAAAGACAUUUAAAAAAAAAACAACAUAUUUUCAUGUCUUGUCCUCUCUGUCGGGGGCCUAAGUUGAAUGUCAAAGUUGAUUAACUUUUCAGUUUAUGACCACAACCUUCUACUAUACAAGUGAGAGGCAUGAUUUAUAAUAUCUAAAUUAACUACUACUAACUUGGAGGUGAUGCAAAAGCUCACCGGCUCAGUCUGUCAAUAGUGUCACAAGCUAGUUACCUCUCUGUGAUCCCAGCGUUGCAAAAAGUAGGGCCUCAGCGUUGGCGCUUAUAAUACAAUAUCGCUAAUACUUGGUUAGUGUUCAGGUCACCAGAUGUAAAUGGAGUAUUGUUGUCGGUUUUUGUAUGUUUUUUUAGAGGGCUUGGACACAUGAUAUUACUCCUAUUAGCUGCAUUGUUAUUCACCUCGUACUUGGCGUUUUCUUACAAAUUAGAAUGCAUUAAAAAAAAGUUGUCUUACAUAGGGAUUGUGAAUGAUAGGCAAAAUUCCCUCAAAAAACUGCAGUUCCCCUUUUUAGCUUAUCUUUGCUUUUGUUUGUAUGGCACUCCCGAAUCUCGUCAACGGUCGGUUAAGAGAACUUCACAUGGUCUUACAAAAUUUUCACAUCACAACUUUAGUAAGUACGUGUAUGACAGCGCAGCUGUAGUUGAUGACCAACAUUCAGUACUGUUUGUCGCGGAUUCAUCUAAAUGCAGCUACAAAUUGUUUUUUGGGAUGUAAGAAUUGUUUCUAAACCAAUGGGAAUAUUUGGACUCUCGCUACUUAAUGAAAAGCUAUUUUGUAAAGAAAGGGCAGUUUUUACACCGGAUUCCUAAUAUUGAUCCAAUUGUUUACUAUUUGCAAAAAAACAUUAGCAAGUUGAGGAGGGCGUGUCUCUGCAACUCAAAGUAGUGUGUGUGACUUUUAUUCAGGAAUCGACUAAGACAUAUGUUUAACGAUUUGUAUAAAGGCUAAAAAGAAGUCAUGUGUACUUAAAGAUAAAAUGUGUUUAUUGUUGUGCUAUUAGUGUGUAUUAGUAUGUUUAUUUCAGCUUGUUCUCAUUACUUUUGCUCCAUUUUUUAAUUUUUUGUUUUGAUUAAUUUUAUUUCUUCAGUGUGCUGCGGUCCAAAAAAACCAAAAGGCCACUAGGCCGCACUUUAAACCUCCCUGCUUUUAUGGCUCCUCCUCAGGGUUGAGUGCAGGAUGUAAUGUUAGCGUAUUUAGAAAACGAUGGUAAUUAACGAGAGACGGAGAGUGUCAUUGCAGUUGGAACUAAUCGAAAAUUCUUAAUGCGACGUUAAACGUUGAUCCAAAGUUGGUGGAGGUGGGCUGUACGCCCUCUGAACGUGGUACCUACUAGCUGGUCAAGCUAUUAGUCAGUGACAGCUGAGCUAUCUGGUUCCACCCAUGAUUAACCGCAGCAAAGUAGACGUGGUCUAGGAGCAGGCUGAUACAUCCGAGAAUGUUGGCCUAGAGGAGAAGAAUGCAGAUUCACUUGAUAUUAAGAGAAAGUUACUAUAGUGCUCCACUGCAUGUGAUCCAAUAUCAUUUUAAAAGACCUUGAAAUGAGAAUCAUAGGAUACCUUUAUGGAUCCAUUUUCAAACUGGAUUUGUUUUGCUAUUUAGUGUAAUGUCUCAGAAGCUACAAAAUCACUAUUUUUAUUCUGUUAAGUGAGAGAUUGAUCAGCACACUCCUGUAAAAUGUACAAGAUGAUUUCACACUCCAGGAUUUUGCGAUGUAGCUAUAAUUUCUCGCAAAUUCAACCAAUCCCCACAAAUUAUGCUCGGCGUUGCAAUUUUGGCUAAAAUGUGCGGGGAUUGGACAAUCAUAAUUUUUGACAAUGUAAUUUGUCCCUGAGCAGUGCUUAGACGCGCAAGUUAACUCUCUAACUAGCUAUCUGACUAGCACCAGACUGGCCUUUGAGUUCAGUUCAAAACUUGCGAGAAAGUAACAUUUUUGCCGCAGAUUACGAAAAACGAGAGCUGAUCGGUGACUAAAGCUAUUCAAAGGUACGUACAGUACAGGCCAAAAGUUUGGACACACCUCAUUUGAUGCGUUUUCUUUAUUUUCUUGACUAUUUACAUUGUAGAUU